ACGUCAGUGUCAUAAUUUCAAUUUGCGAAGAAGUGGAGCAGUUAAAAAAUGGAUUUUUUUUUAUUAUUUUUUACAAAAUAAAAUAUGUAAAUCUGGGCAGUGGUUCUUGGUGUUCAAUACAUUUGUUUAAAAGUAUUGUUGUAGGUUAUAUACAGAUCCUGUAAAUAUUACGAUGCGAGUGAAUUAAGAUAGCAUAUAGUCAAAUGUGUUAUGGAUUUGUUGGUGCGUUUAAUUGUUUUUAUCUAUUUUAUAUUUCAAAUAUAAAAUGUAGUUCACCAGUUACUCAGGAGUUAAUUCGAUGAAUGGGCUUAAAAAAUUUAACUAUAAUUUACCAAGGACAUGUUUAUAAUAAAUCAUCGUAACUGCUGCCAUUCGUCAAAUUCUACAGACUACGAAUCAUGUUCUUCAACUGGCCAUGAACACUUGACCUUACGAUGGAGCAUCGCGAUGGAUGGGGCGGUGGUGAUGUGGGUGCAGCCGAGAAUUCUACUGAGCGCUCGCAAGCCGAACGCGAUCGAGUACGGAUCGAAUUCUAUGCUACUUAUGACGUCAUGACGGGUGUGCGUAUAGCUGCCACGUUGGGCGGAUUUUUUGCGCUGAUGGUGUUUCUGAUUGUUUAUAAAAGUCGAAGCAAAUCAAUGAAAGCUUUAAAUGAUCCGAAAAUAGUAGAGUUAGCUGAGGCAGUCGUGGCAGAAGAACAAGCCGUGGAAGAAGAGCGCCAGCUGACAGCGGCUCUCGAAGAAGCACUAUCCGAACGGGCGCGUUCGAGACCCUCCAUUGGUGAAGAGCCGCCUUGGCCACGUACUUCUCGAUUUGCAUCGUAUGGUGGUGGUUACGGAAGUUUACUGGCACCACCUCGCAGAUUAUCAACACUACGCGGUGAUUCACUUCCCGGAUCUGCCCUGCGAUUUGCAGAACGGCGAGCUUCAGGUGGUCCUCGUGAUCGCCGUUUGAGUUCAGCAACGUGUUCGAGCUCAGGAAGCUCUUACUUAGAACGACGUGGAUCUUCUGUGGUGUGUGCUUUACCUGAACGUCGAUUAUCGCCUUGUCCUAGUGAGAGACUUGCGCCUCUUGCUUCUGUAGGCAGUGUAGGACCGUCUUAUGCAGUGGAGUGCGAAUUGGCAUCAGUUGGUGCAGACUCAGUGUUUGCCGAAGAUGAGGUGGAUUCUACAGAUGAUGAAAUAGAGCAGUUCUCCACUGAUAGCGGAGGAGGCGAGGCGCUGGCUCUCGCUGAAGGCACAGAGCUGACCAGUAGGCCGGCGCCAUUGCCUCUUCGGCUGGACCGCGCGUCUCAUUCGCGCGAAACGUUGUUCUAGUCUGGUUUGGUGUGGUAUAUCAGCGUACCAUACCGGCUGUUACAUGUUACUGGCACAUUAAAAUAUCGACUUUCUAUAAUCUUAUUUACAUGUUUCGGAUUGGCAUAAUUAACAUAUCACUUUGAACUCAAAAUUGACAUAUCACUUAAAUUGGCUGAAUUGAAUAAUUCAAAAGAAUUUAUUUUGAAACAAAAAAUGAGCUUUUCCGUGUCUAUAAAAUACCAUUUUAUACUUCAUCAGCUUCUCCGCAUCUUCUCGAAUAUAAAAUAAGAAUGUCGAUAUUUUAAUGUUUAGUGUGUAAAUAGUUUGUUUUGUUAUUAUAUUGAUGUUUCGCAAUGUUGAUGUUCACAAACCACGAUACCUAUAAAGUUAUUUAUAAUUGACGUGUUCCUUUAUAGCCGGAUGUAACAUUUUGCUCAUUUUUCAUUUGCUGACGACUAGUCUGGAAUGCUGUUGUCGCUAUGCGUACCAGUUUUUCGUUCAUUUGGCAUGUUCACCAUUUAGUGUUCUUGUAAACGUAUUAGAUAAAUAACGAUCUGCCGAAUUAGUCUUUUAUAGGCACUAUAAUGUAUGUACUUUUAACUAUAGGCAAGUUAAAUAGUUUUCGAAGAUUUUUACUUCUUACAGCGGCUAUUCUGUUAAAGAAAUUUCAAACUAUAAUCGGACUAACUGCGGACCCCACUGAAAUGUGGUUGUUCUAGCCAAAGUUCGCCGACUUGACAUGGUGUUUAUAAAAUGUAGAUAGUACUUACAUACUUGUUAGGGUAGGUAGUCGUCAGUGCGAAGUCAAUUUGAGAAUGUGUAAUUGUAUUUUAAAAUAUGUAGUAAUAUUGCUACUUACCCUUAAACAAAAUGAAGGGCAUGUAAGAUCAAUACGUCCUCAGAACAAUAAUGAAGUCGUAAGCGGCCUAACAAAUUAAUGUUGUUCGAACCAACGUCUCUUUCCAAGGAAACUGCCACUAUUCUUGUUUUAUGGACACCAGAAUUUUAUUGAUUCUUGUGUACCGCCGCCACAGCCAUAGCGGGCCCAGUAGAUUGACUCACAGAAGUCGUUUUUAUUACGAUUUAGAUUUACGUGUUAGUUUAUGUAAUGUUCGUUGCUCGAAUUAAAAAGAGCUCCCAGUAGUCUGUAUAAUGUUGAAAUGUAUGUAAAAAAUUGUAAAUAUAAAAUACAACUCA